AUGAAAAGUUUAUACUAUACCAUUAUCGAUACUUCUCCCUUCAAGACAAUGCUAGUAUUAGACCUGCAAGGUGUAUUAUACUAUGCGUCUUUAGGAUCAUCUCAAUUACAUUUGCAAAAAACGUUGGUCACAGAUUUUAGACGCGUCAAGGAAUAUCAGCUUAAACCCUUGUCUACAAUAAAGACGGAUAAAACAGAAAUUAGUGAUACCGUUGAAAAGUUCAAACAACUAGUAGCAAACCCAAAGGAAGAUAAACAAAUUCCAGUUGAAAUUAUUUUUGGGACUCUGCUACAAAAAAAAGUAUGGCAACACCUUAGACGUAUCAAACCUGGAGAAACCAGAACAUAUAAAGACAUGGCUGAUACUUUAGGAACACAUAGUAGAGUUAUUGGAAACUGUUGUGGUGCUAAUAGAAUUGCUAUGAUCAUACCUUGCCAUCGUGUUUUGGGUUCAUCAGGUCAAGUUACCGGGUAUAGAUAUGGCACAAAAAUUAAAGAGUAUUUAUUGAAUCUAGAAAAAUUAUAA